AAAUAGUCUGUGAACUAAUAUUCAGGGGGAUGGUGAGGUAUGGAAUUCGCCCUGAAAAUGUUAUUAUAUAUGGCCAAAGUAUAGGAACAGUACCAUCUGUGGAUCUUGCUGCUAGGUAUGAAAGUGCUGCUGUAAUUCUUCAUUCUCCACUGACCUCAGGAAUGCGAGUAGCUUUUCCUGAUAUGAAGACGACCUACUGCUUUGAUGCAUUCCCAAACAUUGACAAAAUCUCUAAAAUAACAUCUCCUGUGUUAAUCAUCCAUGGGACUGAAGAUGAAGUAAUUGACUUUUCACAUGGCCUAGCACUAUUUGAGCGUUGCCAGAGACCUGUAGAACCACUGUGGGUAGAAGGAGCAGGCCAUAAUGAUGUGGAACUCUAUGGACAGUACCUUGAAAGAUUAAAACAGUUCUUGUCACAGGAACUGGUGAACUUGUAAUCUUCUUCGUAUAUUUACAUGCUUUUUCAUUUCACUGCAGAAUUGCACACCUUGAUAAAUACAUA